UUUUUAGAGCAGCGGCGUCACAUGUUGUUUUUCUCCGGCAUCGAAUCGGCCGAACAGAGCGGCGCGGACCGAAAGAAAACGGGCGCGAGCUUGUUUUUAUUCAUUUAUUUUUGUUUUUCGAAACCGUAAGUUUGAACAGUAAGAAGGAAAUAGGAGUUUGCGUGGAAAAAAAAGAAGAGGAAAAUAUGGCAAGCCCUCCGGCUACGGGAGGACACCUGUCAUCCACCGGGACGAACGACGUGAAGAAGUGCGGAUACCUGCGGAAGCAGAAACACGGACACCGGCGUUUCUUCGUGCUCCGGGAGCCCACGGGGAGCUCGCCCGCCCGCCUGGAGUACUACGAAAGCGAGAAGAAGUGGAGGAACAAGUCCGCCGCCAAGCGAGUCAUAACGCUGGACUCCUGCUUGUGCGUAAACAAACGCGCCGACGCCAAACACAAGCACCUGGUCGCCCUCUACACCAAGGACGAGUACUUCGCCGUGGCUGCAGAAAACGAGCAGGAGCAGGAGAGCUGGUUCAGUGUUCUGACGGACCUCAUUGCUGAGGGGAAAGCCUUUGACAGUCCCGCUUCCACAUCCUCCUUAGUGGGGUUUGAGGAGGUCAGCUACGGACUGCUUUCAUCCACAACACCUGUGUACAAGGAGGUGUGGCAGAUCAACAUGAAAUCCAGAGGUUUGGGCCAGACCAAGAACCUCACCGGCGUCUACAGGUUGUGUUUGUCUGGCCGGAACAUCAGCUUCGUGAAGCUGAACUCUGAAACGGCUGCAGUCACCCUGCAGCUCAUGAACAUCAGGAGGUGUGGCCACUCGGACAACUUCUUCUUCAUAGAGGUGGGCCGGUCGGCCGUGACUGGACCGGGCGAGUUCUGGAUGCAGGCUGAGGACUCUGUGGUGGCCCAAAACAUCCACGAGACCAUACUGGAGGCCAUGAAAGCCAUGAAGGAGCUGUCCGAGUUCAGGCCCAGGAGCAAGAGUCAGUCCGCCAGCACCAACCCCAUAUCCGUGCCAACGCGGCGCAACCUGAAUAACCUCCCCCCCAGCCAGACUGGCCUGGUGAGAAGGUCCAGAACAGACAGCAUGGCAGCCACUUCUCCGGGGAGGAGGUUUACAUCCAGCCGGAUUCGAACGUCCAGCGAAGGGGAUGGAAGCGUGACGCGGCCCGUGUCCAUGUCCAUUUCGGUGGGUGGGAGUCCCACCAGCCUCAACUCUGGGAACCAUCUCUGCGUUUUCCACACCCUGAGCAGUGGGCGCACCUGCAGGAUGCUGGAGUCUGCCUCCAACCUCCAUCACAGCCGCUCCAUGCCCGUGUCCAACUCCCCUCCAGCCGCCUCCAGCCCCGUCAGCUCAUCUCCCCGGUUAGGGACCACCAUCUCCACCCCCGACAAAGCCCGGCGGCCUUUCAGCUGCAGCGCCUCCAUCUCCGGCUCCCUCAGCGACACCGCUUUCAUGCUUUGCGAUGAUUUCAGCUCCAGCCCAUGUGAGCCAAAAUUCCUCUCCCUGACUCGUAGUGACACCCCAGACUCCCUUGCCAGCACGCCACCGUCCCGCGACACCAGCGACUCCUACGGUUACAUUGUAAUGGAGGGAUCCAGGUGUGGCGGCGGGGUUGAAAGUCUGGGGAAUGACAAGGUUUACAGGAAGCGGACACACUCCCUGACGACGCCACGGCAACAGAGGGUGGCAGCGCCGCUUGCUUCUGCCUCCUUGGACGAGUACACGCUCAUGAGGAUGGCCCAGGGCCAGAGCUCUCACUCUGCCUCCCCCAAAGUCUGCUACCCAGAGGACUAUGGAGACAUCGAGAUCGGUUCAUCCAGGAGCUCCAGUAGCAACCUCGGCGACGAUGGUUACAUGCCCAUGACGCCAGGCGUAGCACCUCCAUCUGGCAAAGCCGACAACUACGUAGCCAUGAGCCCGAUGUGUGUAUCUGCACCAAAACAGAUCGUAAACCCCAGGGUGCAUCCCCAGGCUGCCGUCAACGGCGGCUACAAGACCCAGUCGCCCUGCAGCGGCUCUCUGGAGGAUAACGGCUACAUGAGGAUGUGGUGUGGCUCCAAAUCUUCCGUCGAGAGCCCCGACAGGCAGGCCGAAUACAUGAACAUGUCCCCCGGAAACCCGCCUCCUCUGCAGACUCCACCUGACUAUGGAGAACCGGUGGCGAUUCGACCGAUCUAUCAGAGCGGUUCCCUCACGCUUCCUGCCAAGCUUCAGCCCAGGAAUGAAGAUGACGGCCAGUAUGUGCUCAUGAGCCCCCAGAGCUCCCGGCAACAGCCAGGGGAGUCUGACUAUUACUCAGUGAUGCAGCUAACAUCACCGCUGAGUCCCUCUGUUCCCUCUCCGGGCAGACACAACCGAGCGGAGAACCUGCAGUACCGGGGGAGGCUGGGCCGGCCCAACAGACUUUCUCUGGACAUGUUGAGGACCCUGCCCAGCAUGAACGAACUUCCCGGUGAGCCCAGGAGCCCCGGCGAGUACAUCAACAUCGACUUCAGCAGCGGCAGAUCCUCGCCGCCCUCCAUCACCUCCACAGAGAGUCAGCCGUCAUCGCUAAGCUCGAGUGGCGGGGGUCAGGGGAGGCCGUCCCUGACAGACUACAUCAAUCUGGAUUUGGGCUCCCGUUUACCCAGGGGAGCUGACGCUCCUGCUGAGCGCCUGGACACGCUCCCAGAGUUAUCCUCCUGCCCCUGCUCUGAGGAUGGAGAGGACCAAGAGGAUUGUGGGAAAACGAUGCUUGGGGAGGACGUGAAGACUGACUACACUGAGAUGACCUUUGGGUUGACCUCUCCACAACUGGUCUGUCAGAACCCAUCAAGCUGUCAAAGCGCUAGGCAGCUCUCUUGGGAGGACCAAAGCGUCCAGGAGCGCAUCGGAGUCUUCCUCCUCGGCGCCACAGUGGACCCAGACUGCUCCGCCAAGGUAGUCCGGGCCAACCCGCAGGGGCGUCGGCGCCACAGCUCGGAGACCUUCUCCUCCACCGCCACGGUGACCCCGGUCUUCCCAUCCUUCGCCCGUGGCGACAACGUGAAGCGGCCCAGCUCGGUGGAGAACAUCUCGUCCCGGAGCAGCGAGUGCUCGGACGAGGAGUCCGGCAGCCCGGUGACCCGGCAGAGCCUGACCGCCUUCCCGACCGGACUGAGCUACAUCGCCAUGAACCUGCUGGAAACGAGGGAUGUGGAGAAAUGUGGCGACUUGGUGGGCUUCAAGCCUGCCAGCAGCUGCAAAGGAGGCAUCAAUGGAUUACACAGUGCGCCGUACGCCUGCCUGGGCUUUCAGGAGGCUGCAACCACUGCCAAAGACUGAAGCCCGGAUCGUCAUCUGACUUUACUGAGCUGCUACUAUGAAACCGCAAACAAAACAGGGUGAAAACAAACUUGAGUCCAGCCGCUGGGCCUCGAUGGCCUAAAAGGGACUGUCUGGACCAUCAGGAUGGCAAAUGCCUAAAAACACAGAACGCACUCACACAAGAAAAACAAGCAGGUCACCUAUCCAUAGAGAGAAACCGCUGAAGGGCGGGACAGGUGUGUCUUCUGCACGUCGGGUCGGUACGUCUCCUGUUUCCUGCACUUUGAGAGGCCAUUUCUCCUGUGACCCAGAUCUUGGCACAAGCACAGAGGCAAAGAUAGUCAGACAAUAAAAGAGCUCUAAUGGUACCCAGAUGCUAUUUAUUUACUGGAGGGUAGUUUUUAUGUUGGUGUGUAAGUCUGCAUUUCGAAGACAAAAGAAACUAGUAUGCCAGUGAACAAUGAAAACUGCUACAAGUCCUCGGAAAUGACAGUACCAAGGUACACUGAGCGUAAAAAUAUGAAAUAUAUAUAUAUAUAUGAUUAGAUAUUUUAUUUAUUUUUGGAUGCUGAAUGUCUGAUUGGACAUGCCCGAUGCCUUAAUGUGCAUACUGACCUUAUGUUUUCUAUGAAAUAAGAGAUAAAUAUUCUAUUAUGUUUGCUCUAUAUAUUGUUAUUGUCUUGAGAAAAGCAAAAUGCCUCGUUUACCAUUUAAAAUAUAUAUUAUGUCAGAAAUUUAAAGUGAGGCUGUGUGAAAUCCAAUUUAUUCUAUUAAUAUCAAAGUAUUUUCUUAAUUAUUCUAACCCAGUUUAAUAUUUUUGUCCGAAAUUAUAUUUCUAGAUGUCUAAUAAUAGUCGUGCAUUCAUUUAUGAAUCAGCUCAGACACUACGACAACUGGCACUGUACCUCCCAUAGUUCCUCAGUCAAUUGAGCCCGAAAACUUCACACACUCCUACCUUCAAGCCAAUGGCCAGCUCCACGCGGGCCACCAUGCUGUGAAAUCAUUUGACUCUACAGCUGCCGAGGUGACCAUGGGGGGGCGGAGCCAGGGUAAACUGUAGAAACUGGAGGCACAGCUGUGGCGGUUUCAGGUCAGCCACUAGUAGCCGGAGAGAAAGUCGCUCUCAGGGUAGGAGGGUCUCGUGGAAAAGGGACCUACAGUCACAUCUGGCACCGUCACUGAACACUCGUUAGCUUGGAAAACGAUGUACAAGUAAUAGUCGCAAAUAUGUAUAAUUAUGUAAAGCAAGACCAUGUUACGUAGUUACGACACAAUAAGGCGAUAUAUAUAUAAAAAAAAUCAGCGAACAGUUAUAGCAAGUAUUACACAACGAUAGCUAACUAGCUAAUAUUUGCCAACACAAUUAGCUACUAGCUUGUAGCUACUUUACGAAAUUCCUAACAAACUUUUAUCUUAAAUAGGAACUCGGUCUUCUUUCAACAUUUUUGUUUCAGUUUAUUUAUUUUUUUUAUUUAUUUUCUUUUACAACUGAGAGAACUGUUUGACAUUAACUAGAUUCACCAGGGACAAUGUAUGAUGGCUAAGUUAAGAAAAAAACAAAACAAUUAUGCAAAUUAUUUGUUCCUUCAAAUGCAAAUAGCAGUGUCUACCAACUUGCUCAUUUAAGCAGUAUUUUGCUUAUGUUUUCAAAAUUGUUAUUUAAAAUUGCAAGCUUUGAAGGAACAUGUACAAAAUAUCAUAUAAUUCCAAAAAAGUUGCAUGGUCUUGUUUUAAUUCCAGAGAAGCGAGCACUAGCUUAAAUCCGCACUUUUAACCAAGCUACCCCGCAAUGGCUGCCAGGUUUUUUAUUUAAAAAAUCCCUCUUUCAGUACAGUGACUGUACCGCCUCCAACUGGCUCACAACCCUUUUUGUUUGACAGUAAAUUGGAAAAUUCAAAAGGUCUGAAUGUAUUGCUGAGCUGGUGGGAACACCAUUGAUUUAAACUGGUUUUGACAAGUGUUAUAUUAUUGUAGUUUUGUACCAUGCGCCGCUGUGGUAUCUAUUUAUCUUUAGAAUUUUGACUGUAAAUUAUGUACAUAAAAGUAACUUUAACUAAAUAAUAAUUAUAUCUAGAGUACUUAGAUUUGACCUGAAAUGAUAUUCCUGUGUAAAGACUUUGGCUACAGAUUUUUAAAAGGGGUUUUACAGUAUAUUCUAUGCUUUUUCUCCCUCAAAGUCUAUGAACAAAAGUUUAAAUUGUUUAUUUUCUUAUAGAAAUCUUUUUGCCUUGUCUACACAUUUUACCCAAUGGCAUAUGCAAUAGUGACAUGAGUAAAAGAAAUUAGUUUACAACAGUGGAACCAAAUGUACCAUUUUUUUUUAAUAUUAUUUUUUUUUUAUCAGUUGAUGAUUAGCGGGAGACAUUUUUUCCGCUACCUUUUACAUUUUUCUUCUCUGCCAAGUGUUAUGCUUUGGGGAAGAAUUUCCCUGUUUCAGUGUCUAUGAAUGGAUUUACAGAUCGAUCUUGGAUUGACUCAGUUUGAAUGUUUGUUUGUUUUUUGUCUUCCUCAUACUUUUGUACAUACUUACAUAUAAUGUUUAUUGUGAUGCUCACAAAAGAUUUUUAAAUUCUAGUAGUAAAGUAUUGCUUUUGUCUGUAUUAAUUAUGGAUAGAAACAGAAAUAAAUGACUUUAUUUAAAGAUUUAAA